AUGGCGGUUCUCCAAGCAGCCGGGAAUAAUCACUCCGUUCAACAAGCGGUCAACGCUUACUUCGGUUCGAACGACGACACCGAUUUCGACCGGUACGAGUUACUCAGCGUGAUCAGCACAGGUUCUUACGGCAGGGUUUACGAGGCUCUCGACAAGAAAACGCAAGAAGUCGUGGCGAUGAAGCACGAGUUUCUAGGGUUGUGUAACUCAACGAUGAGAGAGAUCGACAUCCUCAAAUCGCUCCCACCGCACCCAUCCGUAGUCGAGUUCAAAGGCGUCUUUGUCGAUCGAAACAACUGCGUCUUCGUCGUGAUGGAGUACGUGCAGAAAGAUCUCAAAGCAUACAUCGCGGAUAAAUACAGGAUCACGUGCGUAUGGCAAGUUCAAUUCUUGAUGAAGCGGAUAUUGGAGGGGGUUCGGUUUCUGCAUGAGAACGGGCUGAUGCAUCGGGAUUUGAAGCCGUCGAAUAUUCUAAUUAAAGAACGAUUGCAAGUGAAGAUCUGCGAUUUCGGUACGUCGCGAAGAAGAAGUAGAGAAGGAUUGUAUACUAGUGGAGGUGUGGGAAGUCGAUGGUAUAAAGCCCCGGAAUUGCUUAUCGGUUCGGGUAAUUAUUCGUCGGCAGUCGAUAUGUGGUCGGUUGGAUGUAUUAUGGCGGAGCUUAUUAUAAAGGAUGCUCUUUUCAAAGGGGUUAGCGAAAUCGAUCAACUCUGGAAAAUUAACGAGUUGCUUCAUACACCGGGCCGGCCGGCGAGUUACGAACUGGGGAUAAGGUUUGAUGUUGCGUAUAUUUUUAAGGGAGCUCCGAAAAUUACGGAAUGUGGAAUUGAUCUGGUUUUGAAGAUGUUGGCGUACGAUCCAAAGGACAGAAUUACUGCAAAAGAGGCUCUUAAUCACCCUUGGUUCAAGCAGUAA